UCAGCACACACUUGCCACCCUCGCUCUGCCGACUGAAGCCGUCUGUUGUGGUCCAUCCACUCCUCUGACAGUCACCAUGUCCCAGCAGCAGAUCAGUCUUCCUGCCAAGCUCAUCAAUGGUGGCUUCGCCGGCAUUGUGGGGGUGACCUGUGUGUUCCCCAUUGACCUGGCAAAGACCAGACUGCAGAACCAGAGGCGCGGUCAACAGGUCUACAAGAGCAUGGUGGACUGCCUCAUCAAAACAGUGCGGUCCGAAGGCUACUUUGGGAUGUACAGAGGGGCUGCUGUCAACCUAACCCUCGUCACCCCAGAGAAGGCAAUCAAACUUGCUGCGAAUGACUUCUUCCGAUACCACCUCAACAAAGAUGGGAGGGGGCUCACAGUAUUCAAGGAGAUGCUAGCAGGGUGCGGCGCAGGAAUGUGCCAAGUCAUCAUCACAACCCCCAUGGAGAUGCUUAAGAUCCAGCUGCAAGAUGCAGGAAGGCUUGCGGCACAGCAGAGGAAGCCAGCCGUGAUGCCCACUGUGAAACUGGUCGUGGGCAGUGCUGCUGUGCCCAGCCGCUACUACAACGCUGGAGUGGCUCCUGCCAUGCAGAGGGUAUCAGCCACAAAGAUAGCCCGAGAGCUUUUGCACACCCAAGGCAUCCAGGGCCUUUACCGAGGACUGGGGGCAACACUCCUGAGGGAUGUCCCCUUCUCAGUGGUCUACUUCCCGCUGUUUGCACAUUUGAACCGACUGGGUCAGCCCAAUCCCUCAGAGGCUGCGCCCUUCCACUGGUCAUUCUUCUCAGGCUGUGCUGCUGGCUGCACUGCUGCUGUGGCUGUCAACCCCUGUGAUGUUGUCAAGACAAGGCUACAGUCCCUCAGCAAGGGAGCCAAUGAAGAGAGCUACAGCGGUGUGGUGGAUUGCAUUAGUAAGAUUCUAAGGAAGGAAGGGCCAUCUGCUUUCCUGAAGGGUGCUAGCUGCCGGGCCCUGGUCAUUGCACCACUGUUUGGUAUUGCCCAAGUUAUGUAUGUGCUUGGAGUUGGUGAAUUUGUCCUGGGAUACACACCUGUCAGCCUCUUCUCUGCGUAGCAUUAUUGUGUCAACAUUGAAUAGGAUCACUCUACUUUCAAACUUCAAAGAGGAGGGACAAGCAAAAAUAUCAGAAAGUGGUCUGGACAAGGGUAAACGCAUGGCACAAUAUGUGUCAGACUUUACACACUCGCACCUCUGACUGUGAAGACGCAUCUGAGCCAUAGCAUAGUAUAUUUCAAAGUACGUUCUACCCCUUUCCCAUCAAGCUCGAUUUACUGGUGGAUUGGAGAGGCUGUUAUGACUCUUGCACAUUGUUUAAAUCAUGCAAGAAGCAGGGAUCACGGACCUCUGUUUUAAGAAAAUUCCAAAUUACUUAUUCCCUCCAUGAGGGAGGGGAGUCUCUGGUUUGCAUCCUGGGUCUUGUUUGACAAGCACAGCCAGAGACUCAAGUUGGUGUCUGAUCAGCUACCUCUGUCCCUGCCUGCCUCAGCUGUCUUUCCACUGGUGGGGCUGAGUGGAAUAAGGUGUGAGAGAUUCAGCUGGAAAGUAAGACCUUUCUUGCCCUUACUAUAUUUUACAUUGUGAGGGGAGAAGUGACUUGCAGCAAAAAUGCUGCUACUUCCUGUUAAAAGGAUAUAACGAUUCAGUUGCAUCUCACAGACUUUUCCUUUAAAUAAUUCUUCAAAUUGCACAAUUUAGUUUCUUGGGUGCAUUAAUUUGUGUAAUUUGAUGCAUUUCUAUUAAAAAAACAAAUGGUUGAUUUCAGCUGCUUUCCUACUGGUCAACCAGGAUGCUAUGACUUCCUGGUUGUAGUGGCAGUGUCUGAAUUGGUCCCAUUGGCACCUACAUGGCAUGUGAUAUGUGGCAUUAAAAAGAAAUGAAGAAAGAAAUGAAAUUUAAAAUUUUUGGCAUCAGAAAUAAUUGCCAGAAAAAAAUGUCAGCUUCCCUCUACAUCCAACUUUGCAUAGAGACAUUUUCUGAAAAUGAAUUACAAAAGUAAAGUUAAAACCUAAAAAAAAACUUCACUAAAUUAUUAUGUUGAAUUAUAAUUCUGUAUAUGAAAUUUUUCCUGGGAGCAAAGUACACUUAUACAAGGCAACUUGUACUGAAGUUUCAAGGUUUAUAAUUAUUCUAUUUUAAGGUGUAGGUCAUGGCUUUUCAAGAGCUGAGUCUGGGAGGUUUUUGUUCCUGCUAGGUAAUGAAACAUCUGAUUUAACUUGCUGUCUUGACUGCACCCAUUUAAGUCACUUUCACAUACAUUGGUAUGUGAGGAGAGCUGGGAAGCCUUAUGGAAUCAGCCCUACAAAGACCAUAUGGUGAACAGCCCUGUUACAGAUCAUUGGAUGUGCUAUGAUGAUGGUCUUAGGGUGGGACCAAAUAAAUAUAGUUUAGAGUGCCGUUUUAUUUUUCUCCACCUGAUUGAAAAGACGUUCAAGUAACCAGUUUGGCUGCUUCAUCCAUAUUUUGGACCUACGAAGAACAGCAAUUUUCUGUUAUUUUAUUCAUAUUUUCAAUGUGCAAGUUAAUUAUAGUAUACUGAGGAAAAGGGGCUAUACUGAGACAAUUUUUUUAAACACAUAAUGACAGACAAGAUGAUUUUACUGUCUAAUGCUUGACAAGGCUUUGCAAAAAUAAUUUCCAUUUUGAAUUUAAAUGAGUUAAAGACUGAUUUUGCUAUCUAUUAUUAUUAUUAUUAUUAUUAUGUGUGGAUCAAUGAGUCAAAACCAGGAUUUGGACUAUGUACUCUUCAAGUAGUGGAUCCAUAGUGAGAAAUGACUAUGGAAUGUGGUUUGGGUGUAAUGUUACAUGAACAAGUUUACUUGGCCCCUAGUGUGACUUGUUCAGUCCUGUUCAGUCUUUACUUGAUUUUUAAUUAUCCUACUCUAUAUACAACAAAGGAAUUAAGUAAUUCAUUGAUCUACCAUCUAUAUAUGCACU